CGAACAUCCUUAUGUCUCAGUGCAGACUCAUCAUCUGACAUUGUUGUGAUCACACUUCGCAUUACUCUCCACACGUCUUAGCAAUCAUGGUGAGCACAUCUCCCUUCUCCUCCCUACGUCUCCUGCAGCUCCCAGCUUCCGGCGCAGCGGGCAAGGGGUGUACCCAAACGCAAAUACUCACCGCCCUUCGCCCUUUGCAUGCUCUCCGACCUCGUCCAACCUCACCUCUGCCUUACCACCACAUAUUUCCAUCAAAAUCUCCGUGUUACCUCUCUCUAUCCUUGCAAUGCACACGUCUGUUCUCGUCUACGCGCCAUGCUCUCGGAAAACAGGGUGUCCAAAUCGAGCGCAUCUCCCCGGGCGACAACGCCUCGUUCCCUAAGAAGGGCGACAAGGUUAGCAUGCACUAUGUCGGAACUCUAUCAAACGGAAACAAGUUUGACAGCUCGCGCGACCGCGGCAGGCCGUUCGAGACGGUCAUCGGCGUUGGCCAGGUCAUCAAGGGCUGGGACGAGGGUGUGCCUCAGCUCAGCCUGGGCGAGAAGGCCAACCUGAUUUGCUCGCCGGACUUCGCUUACGGUGCCGGCGGGUACCCCCCUAUCAUUCCGCCUAACUCCACACUGAACUUUGAAGUUGAGCUCCUCGCAAUCAACGGCAAGAAGGCGUAAUGUAUUGCAUCAACGCAACGGUGCUGGUAUCGUAGUAGAGGAUGGAUGGACUCGGAAAAGUGUACCAGAUGACAGCUAUGAUGCAAACUGCAUGACUAUUCAUGACUCUCAAUGGC